AGCCCUUUACAGCUGGAUCUUUCUCUCCUCUAUGUGUUCUAUCACUUCUCUGCAGGAACCCUGACUCCCAGCUGCAUCUGUCCCUGCUCUGCUGCACUAUGGGCGGCCUCAGGACCAGACACCGGCUCCUGGUCCUGGUUCACAUACUUCUGCUGCAGCUUCAGUCUGUAAAGGUUCAGGGAGUCGAUCCUGUGUCUCACAAACUACGACGACUCAACGAACAGUUCCAUCAGUUCCAGGCUUUGACCCAGGCUCGUUUGGACUUGUUGGUCCUGAACCAGAACAGGAACUCCUCGCAGGGGCUGGAGAGUCGUGUUAAGGCCCUGAACGAACAUUACCACCGCGUGUCGCAGGACCUGGAACAUCUGAAACACGGCACUGCACAGGAGGUAGACGGUCUCAGAGAGUGGACUACAAAGCUGGAGAAGAAGAAUAAGCGGAUGGAGAGUCGAUUGGCUUUCAUGGAGAGAAGUUUGUGGGACAACUGUUAUCAGAAACUGAAGCCUGAUCCUGGUCAAGACUUCUCCAACCUCACGCUGGAACUCCAAAGUCAAGAGGAGAGACUUGGUGCCCUUCAAGUCCAGCGUGAUGAGCUGCUCAUUGGACUGAAAGGGUUGCAGGAAUCCCUGAAAAACCAGGCGCUGCGAGUUGCCCGACUGGAAGGCCGGCUCAGUGAGGUCCUUGUCCAGUGGAAUGGAAGAGGAAAGGUCAGAGGGUCGGGGAGGGCGGGUCUUCCUGUCAGCUCCUAUGUCACACCUCAGGAAUACUAUGAACCACGCAGGAGAAGUCAGACACAAAGAGGAGGGAGGCCUGAAAGGACUCUGGACGUACAACCCAGACUAGAAGGUACCGACCAGACUGAUGUUCACUCACAGACCAAGCAGCAUCAACAACACACAACAAACCAGCCUAAGCAUUCAAAAGCCCAGAAGCCAAGAAUUCAGGCACAAGUUCACUUUCCAAAUCCUAAACCUCAUUCUGACCCGUUCCAUCCCCAGUCGCAGAUCCAGACUCGGACUCAGACUCGGGCCUAUCCAACGAAGCAGCCUCAGCACAACACUGUGUCUUAUAAUCAAGCCCAGGUCCAGCCUCAUUCAUACCAUCAGAAACAACCCGACUCACAAGUCCACAAACGACCCCCUUGGACCCAGCAGCUCUCCGAGAUUCCUCUCCAUCCUGAACCCAACAAAGACCUACAGAACAGGACCAGUCUAGAGGAUCCAAAGCCAAUUGCAGGCUGGUGGGAUGAAAGACAGGAGGUCAAAAGCAACACAAAGAAAGAGACUGCAGUGAUCCACAACCUCCUGCAGAUUCCUGUGAGGCACAAGAUCCCAGCACAGCCGAUCCCCAAGAAGGAUGCAACCAUCUGUAAUGUGGACUCGGUGCUCUUGUUCCCGUCGGCUUCUGCAGAGAACUACGUCACCUUUUCAAUUAGUCUUCCAGACCUUCCUGAACUUUCUCUCUGCCUGUGGCUCCAUGUGGAGGCUGCACAUGUUGGCACUCUGUUCUCCUACGCCACUGAUGACAAUGACAACCAGUUAGUUCUGUAUGGACGCAGCUCCACAGACUCUUCUACACCUUUCUCUGCUUCUUCUUCCUCAUCUACUUCCUCACCCUCACUGGACUUUGUCAUCGGAGACCCCGUCUAUCGUCGCCUCCCUGUGGUGACGCUACUGGACGCUCGCUGGCACCACCUCUGUGUCCUUUGGUCGUCCAUUCAGGGUCGAUUCUGGCACUACAACAACCGCCGCCUGGCCUCCUCGGGCUCUAACUUCAGGAAGGGCUGGGAGAUUCCUGGAGGCGGAUCUGUGGUGCUGGGACAGGAGCAAGACUCUGUUGGUGGAGGGUUUGAUCCAGCAGAGGGCUUUGUUGGGAAAAUAGCAGGGUUUAGGGUGUGGAACCGGGUGCUGAGCCCUGCAGAGGUGGAAGGGGUGGCAGAAGGGAGAGGGGUGCCCAGAGGAGUGGUGCUGGACAUGGAGGAUGUAAAGGAGGUGCAUGGGGAGGUGCAGCAGGUGGCCUGUGAAUGCUUAGAGCUCUGUGCCUGAGGUAGUUCUGGAGGAGGAUUCCUGCUUGAGGCCAAAUAUUCCUUCUGUUAGACUUUUUAUUUUUUAUUUUCCAUGUCCUUGGAUGUAGACCCUCCAGUGGGUGUCAAGCUCACUUUAAUUCAGGGGCCACAUAAACCCCAGUGUAAUCUCAAGUGGGCCACACCAGUAAAAUCAGAGCAUAAUAGCCUAUAAAUAACAAAAACUAGAAAUUCUUUUAGUGCAACAAAAGUACAUUCUGAAAAUCUUUGUGCAAAACACUGUGAACAAAUGGAAAUUUCUUAGAAAAAAUAAGUGCAAUUUCAACACUGUUAUGCCUCAGUUUAUCAUUUAUACAUGUACGUUACGACUUACAAAUCACAGAGUAUCUACAGACGCACAACACAUUCAGUCACAGGAACUAAACAAUCUGGUAUUUUACUUUAUGAUCAAAACAACUUGUCCAGAUGUAGAAAUUAUUUAAAAUUUGAGUUCAUUUCCACAUCUGUGUAGUAUUCCUGACCACCACACAAUACAAAAUAAAGUGGGAACUAUAAAGGAAGAAGAUUAAGUUUUCCCCCUGCCUUGUAAAUGUAUUCAAUUUAUACAUAAAAGUACACAAAAGUUGUGGCAGUGCAGUUUUUGUUGAAAAAUUGCAGUUAAUGUCUGUAAUUUUUACACUUAGCAAAAACAACCUGUGUGUCGGAUUGAACCCUCUAUGGGCUGGUUUUAGCUAGCGGACCGUAUGUUUGACACCCCUACUCUAGUGCAUUAUUGUUGGACUUACAUACAUCACAAAACUUCUUUAUUCACCAAAACAAAACACUAGCAUGGUAUCAGUUUGUGCUCAGCAAAGCAGGAAAGUCAAACCUGCCACCACCCAAAUUAGCCCAAAUUGAAAUGAGCCACUCCAGCUAAAUGUACGAAUGAGGCCUUGGCAGAAAGAAGAGUGUCAGAAAACCUGGAAUUGAUGCAGCAGAAGAGCAGUGGGCCUUUAAGGUCAGUAAAAAUGGGGGAUCUGGGUCUGCCUAAAGUAAAAAAACAACAACAUUUUUUCAGUACAGUUUAACAGCUAUCGAGAAUUUGACAGUGUGUGUUUAAGUUUCUCUUCCCCCAAAAUACAUGAGACACAAUAGAGAACACAUGCUGUUUUUUCUGCAAAAAGGACUUCUUGAAUCCCGUGAUAAGGAAAUGUGUCAGUGUUUUUUUUGACCCAGAUAAGACGAGAUCGAUUUUUAUUCACCCCGAAGAAAAUUUAUAUGCCAGAUGUCACUAAAAAAUGACAACAGUAUAAAUAACAAUUUUAAAAAAGUUGAAUUUGUAAAAAUUUGUCAACUUUAGAAAGGUAGAAGAGUAAUAUUGUGCAUGAUAUGUGGAAAGUGAAAGUAGGAAAGGGGAGGAGAUUGAGGAUGCAGGCAUCCUUAUGGGAUUUAAUGUCCAUUACUUUUAAUAACUUUGUAAGUGUCACAGCAGUGGAUUGUUGUUUGAAGCUUUUCAGAUAGACAAGAAGAAUUUUAAAACAACAAUAAUAUGUAUUAAUUGAGUGUUAAAGGAAUAGGAAGGCACCUUGUUUAAUUCACUUUUGUUCCUUUUCUUGGAUUUUAAGUCUUGAUUGUCUGUCGGUGUGUCUUAUGGACUGCCAGCGAAAUCUAACGUUUUUUUAUAUGAAUUAAAGCUCUGUGAAUUUCUCUGUG